CUCGACUUCCCGCAAAAAUGCUCAGGGUAAUCGUGCCCACGACAAUUGAACGAAUUGUCCUGCAGUCUCAUAGGUGUGUGCUUACAGGAUCAAAAUCAUCUAUUCUACUAUAAAUUUUGCUAAAAAAAUAUUAUUAAGUUUCUAAAGCGCACCUCAAAUUAGAACUAAAUAGAUGGACAAACUUUUUGUAUCGGUCUAAUGUAUAAGCAUCAAGUUCUUUUAUUAACAUACAAGAAGUUAAAUAAAGUAACAUUUUUUUAAACAGAAUUUAAUAUAAGUACACAAAUAUGGAAAUUGUUUUAGGCUUACGUAAAUCUUCUAUUUAAUCUAAUUAUAAAAUCCUUCUUUACAGGUGGUUUUUUAGAAGAUUUAACUACUUUUUAAGUGGAUAUUUAAAAUCUGUCUCUUAGCAAUUAAUUUUAAGAAAUAAUAUUAAAAAAAAUAAAUGUUAAAUAUCUACAAAUUUGAAUAAAACUGAGGAUAUAGAGCAAUCUGCGGGACAAAGAGAAUCUUUCUGCGCACUUCUAGAAUCAAUAAGACGUAUUAGCGCAAUUCGAAAAAGCUCAGUGGAAGAAAGAUUAUUUCAAAUCCCAUUGCGACGCGCUCAAAAUGCGAUCGUGAUCAUUCUAUGCAUCGCGCUACUUAAAAAAAAAGGGCAAAAAGCACGUCUCAUGGUGCGCGCGCGCUCCUCCCUACCACAAGAGUUCGCUUAGCAUAAUCCGUUGGACAAUUUUGAACGAAAGAAACGCGGCGGCGAGGGUAGAUACACGUGGAGAUCAUGUGCAUUAGAAGGGGAACGCGCGAGUGCAUGUCGUCGUGUGCGCGAUGAAGACAACGCUACGUAAAAUUCGCGCCAUUUCUACUGCGCAACCUGCACGGCGCGCCAAUCAGAUUUGAAUUCAAACCGUCCAGUGGCGGGGAGUAGCGGACCUCGUGGCUUCGUUCAAACGGAUACGAGCUGACUGGCUUCCACCGCCAGGAACGAUCCCACCAGAACCAGUUUGACCGUCGAACGGUGAGGACCGAGUCAAUUCGUUUUGGACGGAGCUCUGCUCGGCAUUGCACGAACCCGCGAAGAACGACCGUUCGAAGACCUCGAGGAAGAAACUUGACAGAAAAAUCGAAUAGAUUGGCGAAAUUUACACGAUCGAGGAUUCUCACCCGCUCUUCCGGAACACAUCCUAACGGAAGAACUCAAAGAGGCUCAACGCCUCUUGGUGAUCGCUUGUGGUGAUCAUAUUUGCUGAAACGUAGAAGCGCGCGGGUACGUACUUCGCACUGGAAAACGAAAGAUUCCUAGGAAUCCGCUUGCUCAACUACUACGCGUACGGUGGAAACACAACGAGUUCUCGAAAUGCUGGUAGCCUCGAUUUGUCACGAAAUCUACUACACGGUGUUGCCCAAUACGACGAUGGCCUCGCGAGUACCACGCUGCCUCUUCGGCCGGCCGAACUCGCGAGAGACAAUGGAGAUGCUCCAGGAGGCGUUAGACGCGGAGAGGAGCAAAUUCGCUAGGAGAUGGGGAGUGGACCCGUGCUCCGAGGAUAAGGAGAAUAAUUACCAGAGGCGGAACAACGAGAGGAACGACCGGUCGCCCGGUAAAAAGCGAAGUAAUCCAUAUUCAAGGCAGACCAGCAUUCACGAUUACUGGCGAGCUCGAAAAGUGUGCGAUGUGAACAAGAAGCCGCUGACGACCGCGAUAGACGUGUCGAAGCAAAAUGUGGAAUCGACGAAAACAACGAAGGCGACCGUGACGACGACAACAACGACAACGAUAACGAAGACCACGUAGAAGUUGAAGAUGUUGAAAUAAUCGCUUUAAUAUUCUCAGACCUCGUGCAUACGUGUGAUUUUUUCUCAUUUUACUGCAGUGGCGAGAAAACCGUCAUAUUAAUUUAAAUAUGCCAGGCGACAAAAGAUAAACUCGGAGGCAGUUUAAUUUAAAAUUACCAAAAAAAACUAAUAUAUUUUGCAUUUAGCAAAUUCUAUUAAAAUAUUAUUUAAAUACUAUUUUUGAAAUUGAAGGACGUAUUGCAUAAAGUCAAAAGACUAUCAAGUAAUGUAAGCAUGAAUAAAUUCUUAGGCGCGGGGUUUUAAUGAUUGUUUGCGUAAGCCAGGCUUCCUUUGCGCUACCAAAAUUUGUAUAUUUAUUCCUUGAUCGUUCGAAUAUUAUAUAUUAUUAUAGAUGAAUUAUUGAAAUAAUCCUGUUUAGAGUUAAUUACCACAGAUGUAUUAACUAAUUUUUGUAAAUAAUUUGUCAAGUGAUUUAUGGAGGUUUGAGUCGAUUCACCGUUGUAAGAACCGUGAUUGUGAACUAAAGUGCCUGAAUAAUUGAUAAACUAUCACCGCCUUAAAGCGACUUACUAUAAUAACGUGACUUUUAGCUCUGAAUAUUAAAAAUUUUCUCACGGCGGCGACGAUCCAUCGAUAGCCUGAAACUGUUGGUACCAUGAUAAAACCAACGAUGCAGCGCCUCCAAAGAUUAAUUGAUUACAAACGUCAAUUUUCCAACUCCGCAACUCUCGUUGCACGAGAGAGAAAGGAGAAUGUCCUAUGUAUAUGUUGUUUUUAGGCUUAAGGGAGAAAGUUCUCUAGUCAUCUAGUCAUUUAAGCUAGUAAUAAACUAUUGUGCUUUCAUUCCUAUC